CUUGCCGCUAGCGUCCUGCAGCACGCCAUGGUCAACCCCACGGUGUUCUUCGACAUCGCCAUCGACGGUGAGCCCCUAGGCCGUGCCUCCUUUGAGUUGUUUGCAGACAAAGUUCCGAAGACCGCGGAAAACUUUCGCGCUCUGAGCACUGGAGAGAAAGGGAUUGGUUAUAUGGGUUCCUGCUUUUACAGAGUUAUCCCUGGAUUUAUGUGCCAGGGUGGUGACUUCACACGCCAUAAUGGCAUGGGAGGGAAGUCUAUCUCCGGGGAGAAAUUUGUGGAUGAGAAUUUCAUCCUGAAGCAUACAGGCCCAGGCAUCUUGUCAAUGGCAAAUGCUGGACACAACACACAGGGUUCCCAGUUCUUCAUCUGCACUGCUAACACCGACUGGUUGGAUGGCAAGCAUGUGGUCUUCAGCAAAGUGAAGGAGGGCAUGAAUGUUGUGCAGGCCAUGGAGGGUUCUGGCUCCAAGAAUGGCAAGACCAGCAAGAAGAUCACCAUUGCUGACUGUGGACAAAUCUAA